CUCCGUAUAAAAUUUUUUUUUGACGUCGUAGUUUACAAAAUGAAUCGACGGCUAUGCUCAGCUCAUUGCGUAUUGUUCGGCGCUGAUCUGUGAACAGCUGGUCUUAAUAUUUCUUUCGGCUCGUGUUGUGUAAUAUUGCAUUUUUUCGUUUAAAAUGUCUGCUCCUGCCGCCCGUGGUUCAGUUGGCCUAAUUAAAAGAGCCUGGAACGAAAUUCCCGAUAUUGUCGGUGGCUCCGUGCUAGCCAUCAUUGGCUUAGGUUUAGCUGGUAUUGGCUUGGUUAACUAUUACGGACACGAUGGCGAUAAUCGUCGUUAUAAAUUGGGCUAUGUAGUCAUGCGUCCCGAUGAUCCCAGAGCAGCAAAAGUGCAUAAGGAUUGAAACGUGUAAAGAAAAUACGAUGUUAUAGGUGUUUAAAAAAUAUGGUGAACUUUAUUUAAAAUCAAGAAAU